CAGCUUCGUUGUCCCCUUCCAAUAUUAUUUCCAUUUCAAUCUCAAUUUCAAUUUCACUUUCAGUUUCAUUUCUCCAUCCAAAUCCAAUCGAUCCAAUUAAUCCCAAUGCACCACUCCAAGUCCGAUUCCGACGUCACCAGCCUCGCCGCCUCGUCGCCGCCGCGCUCGCCGCCGCCGCCGAAGAGAGGCGGCGCCGUCCUCUACUACGUCCAGAGCCCCUCCCACGACGGCGACAAAUUUUCCGUCCACACCACUUCCAAUUUCGUCAGCCCCAUGGAAUCUCCGUCGCAUCCUUCCGUCGGCCGCCACUCCCGCAACUCCUCCUCCACCAGAUUCUCCGGCAUUUUCCGCUCCCUUUCCGGCCGGAGGCCCCCCGCCGGAAAGGCGGCGGCGCCGCCGCAGCCGCCCAACGACAAGGGAUGGCCCGAGUGUAAUGUAAUUAUGGAGGAAGGGAACUACGAGGAGUACGAGGAGGAUAAGAAAUUCACGCGGUGGUGCCAGGCGGUGAUCGCCGCCGCCGCCUUUCUGGCGCUGUUCACCGUCUUCUGCCUCGUCAUUUGGAGCGCCGCCAGGCCGUACGAGGCCGAGGUUUCUGUCGGAAGUUUGUCCGUGGAUAAUAUUUACAUGGGCUCCGGUUCGGACUUCACAGGUGUCGCCACAAAGAUGCUUAACAUCAACGGGACGUUAAAAUUCGCCGUGUACAAUCCCGCCACGUUUUACGGUGUCCACGUCACCUCUUCCUCCAUCGACCUCAAAUACUCCGACAUUGUCGUUGCCACCGGCCAGGUUCGGAAAUAUUUUCAGGCACGGAAGAGUUGGCAGAACGUGGAGGUGCAAAUAGAGGGGACGAGGGUGCCGCUGUACGGCGCGGGGUCGAGCCUGGAAGUGAGGGCGGGUGACGCCGUUAGGGUUCCGUUAAGGUUGGAGUUCGAGAUCCGGUCCAGGGGAGACGUCGUCGGAAAACUCGUCACGACGACGCAUCGGCGCCGGGUUUCGUGCCACUUAGUCAUCGACUCUAGAAACAGCAAACCCAUCAAAUUUCACAGGGAUUCCUGCACCUACGCCUGAUGAACUCUGCUCUACACUCUACUCAACUUUAUAUAUACAUACAUACAUACAUAUAUAUAUAUACUAUUAAUUGGAUAUGUCUGUUUGUCUUUGUACGAAUUGAAUCAUUUUUUGUUUGUCAUUCUUCGGAACUGCAAAGGUUGUAAUAAUUUGUAUAAUAUAUAUAAUACAGGAGUAUUAUAUAGAAACGAACAUGUGAUUGUUAUGUAGCUCAACUACGCAUGCGGCCGUAAUAGAUGACAUGGUAGUAUAGGUGAACUUGUCAUCCUUAAGUCAUAAUUUAAAUUUUUAACGUCUUCAA